AUGUUUUCCUUCCUUUUUUAUUACUUAUGCGUGUUUCGUUCGGUUUCAUUCUUUCUUUUUCAAUUUCUGUCUUUCUUCCUUUCGAUGUAUUUAUUUCUUUCGAUUUCUUUUUUUGUUUACUUUCUUUUUAUUAUUUAUGCUUGUUUCUUUCGAUUUUUCCUUAUUUUUUAUUUGUUUUUUUAUUUUAUUUUUCUCAGUUUGUUUUCUUUGCGUUUAUUCCUUUUUAUUUUCUUUGUUUAUCUUUUUGGUAUUGUUGUAAAUCUUUUUUUCUAUAUUUCUUUGUUUCUUUCAUUCUUUCUUUCCUUCCGUAUUACCUUUUUUAUUUUAUUCUAUAUUACUUCCUCUAACGUCUUUCUUAAUUUGGCUUUGUCUUAUUUCUCACUUGCCAUUAUUUCCGUUGGCUUUUUUCUUCUUUCCAUUUCUUUCUUUCUCUUUCUUUCUCUUUCUUUCUUUCCGUGUUUAUAUGACAUUUUUCCAUUUAAUACUUCCGCUUACUUUUUUUCUUUCACUUCUAUUUUUCUUUGUAUCUUUUGUUAUACUUUACUUUCAUUGCCGUUUCACAUUUUCCGUUCUUUGCAUUUGAAAUGUCUUUCAUUUCUUCUACUUUUUUCUUUCUUCGUUCUUAUUUCAUUUUCUCUUUUCCCUUUUCUCGUUUCUUUUUCUAUUGUGCAUUUUAUUCUAUUCUACUUUUGCACAUCCUUCAUUUAUUCUCUCUUCACUUUUCUUUUCCUGUGCUUUCUGUAUUUGUUCUUUUUUCUUUUCUCUUUUCUUUUUUUUUGCUUUCCUUUUUUUUCUUUUCCGCUUUUCUUCGUUUUUGUUUUUCUUUUCCCUAUAAUUUUGCUCAUUUCUCAUACGUUUUUUUUUGUUCAUAUUCGCCAUUUUUUUUCUUUCAUUUUCUCUUUAUAUAUUUCUUUCUCUUUUCUUUUUUUUCUCAUUUUUCUGUUUUCUUUCCCUUUCCUUAUCUCUUUUUCUCUGUCCUUUUUUUGGCUUCCGUAUUUAUUUCCCCUUUUCUUCUUUAGUUUCUUUUUCCUUUUCUUUUUCUUUCUUUUCUUUUACCCUUUUUUUUCUCGUUUCACUUUGCUGUAUCUGUUACAUUUGUUUGCUCGUUUUAAUUUCUUUUUAUCUUUCCUUUUGUUUUUCUUUUCUCCCUCUAUCUCUUUUUCUUUUCCCUUUCCUUUUUCUUCCUUUUUUUACCGUUCUUUCUUUUCCUGUUCCCUUUUCUACAAACAUGAUAAGUAG